AUGGGUUCUUUGAAGAGGAAAAGAGAAACCCAGAAGGAAGACGAACCAGGGCUUUUACAGAAGAGUUUUUUACUUACUGGGUGUGGCGCUUGGGUUCGAGGGCGGAAGCUCGGCCAAGGCGGAUUUGGGUCGGUUUAUUUGGCCUCUGUGAAAAAACCCAAAUUAGGUAGCGAGGGUUUUCCGGCGAUCAUGGCGGUGAAAUCGGCAUUGAUGGUUGAAUCGCUUGAGCUGAUGAUCGAAAAGUCACUUCUUGAAACGCUUCGUAGCAGCCCUUUUGUUAUCGACUGCUAUGGAGAUGAUGUGACUGCUGGGUUUGGUCAUAAUUUGGUAUACAAUGUCUUCUUGGAGUAUGCUGAUGGAGGAACAGUGGGGGAUUUGAUAAAGCUAUCUGGGGGCUCUGGGCUCUGUGAAUUACAAGUGAGGAAGUAUACAGAGUCGAUUUUGAAAGGGGUUGAGUACAUUCAUGAAAUGGGUUUUGUACACUGUGAUUUGAAGCCUGAAAACAUCUUACUUGUGACCUCUGGUUCUGGUUUUGUGCCCAAAAUUGGGGACUUGGGACUGACAAAGAGGGCUAUGAGCAAGCGUUCUUGUAGAGGCACUCCAAUAUACUCAUCUCCUGAAACAGUGCUCGAUAGAAUUCAGGAGAAGCCUUCUGAUAUUUGGGCAUUGGGCUGUGUUGUGCUGAAGAUGCUCACUGGGAGGCAUCCAUGGGAUACAAAAGCCGGCGUGAAACUUCAUGACCCUCAGAUUGCUUCUGGAGUUCCUAACAUUCCUGGUGGGUUAUCAGAAGAGGCGAAAGAUUUCUUGAAGAAUUGCUUUGUGAGGGACCCUUCACAGAGGCUCACAGCAGCUAAGCUAUUGCACCAUCCCUUCGUGACUAAAGUUGAUGAGAUUGGACAGGUUAAAUUUGAACCAAUAAAGGAAGUUUCUUCAGUGUUAUCUUCUGAGCACUGUGUAAUUGAUUAUGGUAGUUUCAUACCACUUGGAAGUUGGAGCUCUGAAGAGGCAGAGGAGAUGGAGCAACAGAUUCUUCCUUUGGCCCUCAUGUCUCCUAAAGAUUCAACCCCGGUGAUCCCAACCACUGGGUGCCAAAAGCCAUCAGCUUUUCCUAUAUUGGGUGCAGCUUAGUUUAUAUUGUUUUGAAAGCCUUCCAUGAAUUGAUGUAAGGCUU